CUGAGAACUGCUGCUUGCCGCCAUUGACACGCACAGAUAGAACCUAAAGAAAGGCAAAGAGUCCUGCCGGGCACCGGCGCCGCACGGGCCGAACCUGCGCGCGGGCAGCGGCGCGCAGAGGGCACCGGGCGCCCGGAGCAAGCGGCGCAGCACCAGCAUUGCGUUCCACCGUGUCAGCAAGCUGAGAGGGAAACUGAAGCAAGAUGUCGGGCCGGAGCGGGAAGAAGAAAAUGUCCAAGCUGUCCCGUUCAGCCAGGGCCGGUGUCAUCUUCCCGGUGGGGAGGCUGAUGCGUUACCUGAAGAAAGGGACGUUCAAGUACCGGAUCAGCGUGGGUGCUCCGGUGUACAUGGCGGCAGUCAUCGAGUACCUGGCAGCGGAAAUUCUAGAACUGGCUGGCAAUGCUGCGAGGGACAACAAGAAGGCCCGGAUAGCCCCAAGACACAUCCUGCUGGCAGUUGCCAAUGACGAGGAGCUCAAUCAGCUGCUAAAAGGAGUGACCAUUGCCAGUGGCGGCGUCCUGCCCAGAAUUCACCCCGAACUGCUGGCCAAAAAGCGAGGGACCAAAGGCAAGUCGGAAACUAUCCUCUCCCCUCCCCCAGAGAAAAGAGGAAGGAAGGCCACGUCAGGCAAGAAGGGGGGCAAGAAAUCCAAGGCUGCCAAACCACGGACGUCCAAAAAGUCCAAACCAAAGGAUAGCGACAAAGAAGGAACUUCAAAUUCCACCUCUGAAGAUGGGCCAGGGGAUGGAUUCACCAUCCUCUCUUCCAAGAGCCUUGUUCUAGGGCAGAAGCUGUCCCUGACCCAGAGUGACAUCAGCCACAUUGGCUCCAUGAGAGUGGAGGGCAUCGUCCACCCAACCACAGCCGAAAUCGACCUCAAGGAAGACAUAGGGAAGGCCUUGGAAAAGGCUGGGGGGAAGGAGUUCUUGGACACGGUGAAGGAGCUCCGCAAGUCCCAAGGGCCUUUGGAAGUCGCUGAAGCUGCCGUCAGCCAAUCCAGCGGACUUGCAGCCAAAUUUGUCAUCCACUGUCACAUCCCUCAGUGGGGCUCCGACAAAUGUGAAGAGCAGCUUGAAGAGACCAUCAAAAACUGCCUGUCCGCAGCAGAGGACAAGAAGCUCAAGUCCGUGGCCUUCCCACCUUUCCCCAGUGGCAGAAACUGCUUCCCCAAACAGACGGCGGCCCAGGUGACCCUCAAAGCCAUCUCGGCCCACUUUGACGACUCGAGUGCGUCCUCACUGAAGAACGUCUACUUCCUCCUCUUCGACAGCGAGAGCAUCGGCAUCUACGUGCAGGAGAUGGCCAAGCUCGACACCAAGUAGCCACCGGGGCCCCACUGUCCAGCUGCGGUCGGAGGAGGAUCCAAGUCACAGGAGUGGGUUUUAUUUUUAAAAGGAGAGAGGAAGGGUGAUGCGGGGGAGCGCUGGGCGGCUGAAGGGAAGCGGGCGGCAGAGGCUGCGGGAGCAGGUCCCGCCAUGGAAGGAGCCCUCCGCGUUUUAUAGUCUUCUUAAAAAGAGCCUCAGUCCUAAAAACCAGGUCUCCACGAGGAGUUCUUUCCAUGUGUUUCCUUCCUAUUGUUUUAGAACUUUUUUUAAAAACAGACUUCAUUUUAGAUUUAUAGAAUUGACUUUUACACACACACAAAAAAUCCUUUCAAAAUU